GGGAACCUGGACGACUACUACCACGGCAACGACGAGGAAGACGGCGAAGACCAAGACGACCGCGACGGCGAGGACACCGACCACACCGAGGGCGCGGAAAUGGACACGGAGCACGAGUUGGCCAACAGCUACUUUGCCCUGGACCACCAGAACACCAGGACCAUGAGCAAGCCGCAAGGCGACAAGCUGGACGCUGGCAUUCGCGACCUCACUGCGAAGGACCACCAUCUUUGGAACCAGCUGGCCUCGAAGGAGACUCGUCGCCGACACUCGCCGCUGCCCCGAGGAUGCAAGACCUUCAUCCUCGAGAUCUUUGCUGGAGUUGCGAUGCUCAGCAACCUCGCCGCCAUCGAGUACGGGAACCCGAUCAGCUCGCCCAUUGAUGCCCGAUACGGUUCCGACUACGACCUCACAACGGCCAAGGGACGAUCAUCGCCCGGGACGACCCCUACGCUGUCACUUUUAGACAAGCUGCCCGAACUGGAAGCCACCCGAGCUCUUUGGCGCCCGGUCUUCCAGUGGAUAGCCAAGGUUACCAAGGCCGUCAAACGACAGCUCGGACGACGAUGCACCGGAGACCACUACCAUCAGACCUUGGAGGGUGGCAACACGUGCAAGCAUGCUCAAGAUUGGCCUCGCGAACUUUGUGUCGCAAUCAUCGACGGCUUUGUGGAGUCCAUGGACGAGACCUACACGCGUGUUGCCUUCCCUGCCGAAGCUGAUGCGGAGGACAACCCCGACUACAACGUCCUCGAGACCAUCGACGGCAUCUACUCUGAGGUCGACCUGGCGCCGACGGACAACACGAACCUCGAGACACGAAGGAUUGACAAGGAGCGCGAGAUCGAACGAGAGGAAGGUCCUCCACCACCUCACGAGGCUUUGGAGUCGGCUGAACUACGACAACGGCGGCAACGAUGGCGCCAACUUCCCUACGCUCAAAGGGUGGCUCUUCGGAGGCUCCACUCCAUGACUGGACAUGCCUCCCCGGCUGCAAUGAAGAGGUUGCUCCGAACGGCUGGUGCCGACCCGAAGGCCAUUGCGGCUUUGGACCACUUCAGGUGCCCAGUGUGCGAGAACACCAAGGUGCCGUCGCCGGCUCCGGCAACCAAGCUUCCCUCCGAGUACAAGUUCAAUGAGGAGAUUGCCAUAGACACCUUCAUUGUCAAGGACAUGUCCGGUGUCAAACACAAGAUCCUCAGCAUUGUGGACAUGGGCACUCUCUUUCAUGUCGCAGGCAUUGUGGGCCAGGGCGAUGGACCUCCUUCUUCGGCGGAGUGCGCAAACAUGCUGAACCGAUCAUGGCUGGCCUGGGCAGGACCUCCCAAGGCUGUGGUCAUGGACCGUGGUGUUGAGAACCGUGGUCAACUACAGGGACUUCUCAAGGGACAUGGAGUUCUUCUUCGGUUCAUUGGUCUUGGGUCUCCCAACCAACUUGGCAGAGGAGAAAGACAAGGGGGUCUCCUCAAGGAGCUCACCCAGGCCACGAUCAUGUCAAAACAGAUCGCCAGCGUGAAGGAGAUGGAGUAUGCCGUCACCGAAUGUACCACGGUGAAGAAUCAUCGCAUAAAUCAUCGUGGCUUCGUGCCUUCACAAUGGGUCCUUGGAUACAUACCAAAGGAGGUGGAUUCUCUCACGGUACUUUGCCCGGAAGAACAACUUGGCCAACACGCCGAGAUCCAGCGCGCAGCGAUGCUACGAAAGGCCACAGCGACCAGAGGCGGCCGAUGGUAUGGACCUGCCAGGGUGGUUGGAUCAGAAGGGCGAAGCACUCUCUGGAUCAUCCACGGCGGCAUCCCCAUGACUGUCUCAGCCGAACAAUGUCGACACAGCACUGGGGACGAGGCAGUCAGCAAGCAACUUGUGGAGCUCCGUCCCUCUCGGAAACGGCGACGAGAAGAAGCCGCGCCUCCUGGACUUGAAGAUGGCUUCUCCUACCCGUUCGGUGACGACCUUUCUGGAGUACCUCGCAGCACCACCGAGCAGAGGACCUACGUCAACGCUGGCCAGGACUUCGUGGUGGCUCCCGACGUGUCCGGUGCCGAGCUCCUCCCUCACGAGGCUGCCGACAUCCUCGACGGGAUGAGCGACCUCAAGCCUUUAAGCUCCUACAACCACGACGCCGAGCAAGUCGACGUGGCCACCAUCCCAGUUGGCGGCCCAGACGCGGAUGAGGACCUCAACUCCGCGAGCCCCGACGCUUUGGAUGGACACGCCCAACGACCUCGACCUCGAUCCCGAUCGCCGCCACCGACCUCCGGGACAACGAGAACUACCGAGCGACGGCCAGCAGAGCAAGCAGCACUCACCAACGGCGAGCGUGCCUUCCUGGCUUUCCUCAACAGGCGUGUCUGCAAGAAGACGGCAGCUGCUCGCAAGAAGGAGCUCAACUACGACAAGGCCGAAGGGGACAAGAAGAAAGGCAUCGAGCAUGCCCGCUCCAAGGAAUGGGGCAACUGGAAGAACUUUGAAGCUGUCAACGUGCUCCCUCCGGAAGCGGCUGCAACCUUCCUCAAGAAAAACGCCGUCACUCCGACUCCAAUGCGUUGGGUCGACACCAACAAGGCCGAGCCCUGGGAGACUCCUUUCUACAAAUCCCGAAUCGUUGUGAGAGGGGACCUCGAAGUAAGCAGCAGAUGCCCGGACCGAUUCUCCAACCUGUUCGGAGACAUCACAGCCUCCUUCCUGCAGGGUGAGCGGAUGACACGCGCACUCGUGCUGAAGCCUCCCAAAGGCGGCUUGCCUGGGGUUCCUGAAGGGUCUCUGCUACUGGCUCAAAAGCCGGUUUACGGCACGAAGGAUGCACCCAGAGGCUUUUGGCGUCGCCCUCACCGAGUUUGCCUCGAGCUUGGACUCCGAGCUGUGCCUUACGAGAACGCCGCCUACGUCCUGACUGACGGCAGCGGACGUCUCAAAGGAGUGAUGGUAAGUCAUGUUGAUGACUUGCUGUGGUGCGGUGACCAGGACAUGGACAACAUCAUGCACAACCUCCAGACGAAGUUCGCCUUCGGCACGAUCGAAACCAAGGACGAGUUCACCUACUGUGGAAGGGUGAUUGCUCAGGGCGAGAAGGGGAUCACCAUCACCUGUCCCAACCUUGCCUGCAAGGUCCGCCCGGUCAUCAUGACCAGUGAAAGGCGAGCUCAUCCUGGAGAUCGCGCGACCGAGAAGGAGGUGAGCCAACUCCGAAGUGUGGUAGGCUCUCUCAACUGGCUCACCCUCCUCAACUACGUGAAGAAGACUCCCGGGCUGUUCUUUGAGUACGAGGCCUUCAGCACGGACGAGAUGCAGAUCCUCUCCAUCACGGACGCUUCCCACGCGGCCGACCACGACGUUUCUGGAGACGGACGUCUCUUGGGACACAGAUCUCAGUCAGGAAAGAUCCUGGCACUUUGUGGCAAGAAGUUCCUCGAGACUGGCGAGGGCAAGGUGCACAUCCUCACGUACCACUCCACAGUGAUCCGCAGGGUGUGCCGGUCCACCUUACAGGCAGAGACGUUGUCUAUGCUGGGUGGAUAUGAGGAGGCAGAACAUCUCCGUGCAGUUCUCCACGGUCUACAUCACGAGAAGACCGACCACAAGUUGGUGGACGCCAUGGACAGCUAUGACAUCCACCUCCUGACCGACUGCCGAUCGCUGGAAGAGCACCUUCGGCAGGCUGGCCUACACACCGUAGGCGACAAGCGGUUGGCGAUAGACUUGUGUGGGUUGCGACAAAUGGUGUGGAGACAGAAGGGCGAGGAAGUUGGAGAUCCACUGUACGCCGAUGCUCCUCCUGUGGAUGGCAGCACAAAGGUGCAUUGGAUCGAGACCAAGACGAUGCCCUCCGACGGCCUCACGAAGGACAUGAAGUGCGUGCAGCUCGUGUCCCUGAUGAAGGCCGGCUUCCUCAAGGUUGACUUCGACAAGUCUCGAAGUAAGAAGAAGUGA